AGAGCGGACGGACCUGCCUCAGCCGCACUUCUUACAAAGAGUAAUUCAAAGUGGGUCACAGAUUAAGUUACAUUGUAAAAGUUGGUGACCUGAGGAGAAAGAAAUCUUCAUGACCAGGGGUGAGGCAAACAGUUCCUCGUAAACACAUGAAAAGUCCACCCACAGGAGAACGCAUUGAUGAACUGGGUUCAUCACGGGUUUAAAAGUUUGCGAACCUCAUACGUGACAAAGGACUACGUCUAGAAAGCAUAAAGGAGUCUGUAAAGGGGCAGGAAGAAAUCAAACAGUGUCACUGUAAGGUGAGCGAAAGGUGUGACCACCAGCGGGGACGCCGUGUGCGGGGAGGACUGUCAGCUUCGCGGCGCCGGCGCUGACUGAGGGCAGGAGGGCUCCCUCUGCGGCUGUCAGGGAGGCUGAAACGAAAACCUGUGACAGCGAGUCCUGAAAGAGUGCAGAGAAGCCGGGUGUCGCGCUGAGAACAUUUGGGCAGUUGUGCUGCGCGCCUGGAACUCAGCCAGCCACGACUCCAGAGAGGCUGGGGCUCCUCCCAGGACCGGGUGGCCUUUGCUCCGGCCAAGCCCUCGGCCUCGGGCCUCUCCAGUCACCUGACUCCGCCCUGCUCCAGACCUGAGCCCUGGCACCUGGCUCCCUGCUGGGGGAGAGCAAGUCGGAGGGCAAAGUCCCAGCAGCCUCCAGGAAGGGUCAGGGUGGCCCCAGGCAGUGGGGGGAUGGGACCACCCUGGGCGGUGCCCCUGGGUGGGGUGAGCAGCCCUGGCCUCAGCGUCCCGGGUCCCCAGGCUGGUUGCCGGCCUGGCCGCAGGCCGGGCCCAGGUGGGCGGUGACUGGCUGGGGGGUGGGGAGAGCGGGACGGCACCAGCAGUGCCCAGGGGACAGACAGCAGUCCUUCCUCCUGCUGCCGCCAGUCGUCCACCAGCCCAGGUGCCAGUCCUGCCCCCACCAUGGGGCUGACUCAGAAGGAGCGAGUCUUCACGGUCCUGCUGGGGUUCGCAGCCGUCUCUGGCCUUGUCACGCUCAUUCUCAUCCUGGUGGAGGCCACCAACGUCCUCCUGCCCGCAGACACCAAGUUCGGGAUCGUGGUUGACGCCGGGUCCUCCCACACGUCCCUCUUUGUGUAUCAGUGGCCAGCGGACAAGGAGAAUGACACAGGCGUGGUCAGCCAGGCCCUGGCCUGCCAGGUGGAAGGGCCUGGAAUCUCCUCCUACACCUCUGACCCUGAACAGGCUGGCGAGAGUCUGCAGGGCUGCCUGGAGGAGGCGCUGGCCCUGAUCCCAGAGGCCCAGCACCAGGAAACGCCCAUGUUCCUGGGGGCCACGGCGGGCAUGAGGCUGCUCAGCCAGAAGAACAGCUCUCAGGCAGAGGACAUCUUUGCAGCGGUCAGCCGCGUCCUGGGCCAGUCUCCCUUGGACUUCUGGGGUGCUGAGCUCCUGGGUGGGCAGGAUGAAGGUGCCUUUGGUUGGAUCACCAUCAACUACAUCCUGGGCAAGCUGGUCAAGUACUCCUUCUCCGGAGAAUGGAUCCCGCCUCUAGACGGGACGUUGGUGGGCGCCCUGGACAUGGGUGGGGCCUCCACGCAGAUCACUUUUGUGCCCGGGGUCCCCAUACUGGACAAGAGCACCCAGGCCACCUUCCGCCUGUACGGCUCCGACCACAGCGUCUACACCCACAGCUACCUCUGCUUCGGGCGCGACCAGGUGCUCAGCAGGCUCCUGGCAGGGCUGGUGCAGAGCAGCCAGGGCCCCCUGGUCCGCCACCCUUGCUACCACAGCAGCUACCGGGACACGCUGCCCUUGGCCCCCCUGUACGAGUUGCCCUGUGUCCGCGCUGCGGCGCCCGCAGACCUGGCCCAGAACAUCACGGUGGAGGGGACGGGGAACCCCGGGGCCUGCGUCGCGGCCAUCCGGGGUCUCUUCAACUUCUCCAGCUGCGGCGGCCGAGGCGACUGUGCCUUCAAUGGGGUCUACCAGCCCCCCGUGCGGGGCCAGUUCUACGCCUUCUCCAACUACUAUCACACCUUCCACUUCCUGAACCUCACCUCUGGGCAGCCGCUGGCCACUGUCAAUGCCACCAUCUGGGACUUCUGCCAGAGGCCCUGGAAGCUGGUGGAGGCGAGCUCGCCGGGGCAGGACCGCUGGCUGCGGGACUACUGUGCCUCCGGCCUGUACAUCCUCACCCUCCUGCUGGAGGGCUACGGUUUCCGGGAGGAGACCUGGCCCGGCAUCAAGUUCCGCAAGCAGGCCAGCGGCAUGGACAUCGGCUGGACGCUGGGCUACAUGCUGAACCUGACCAACAUGACCCCGGCUGAGGCCCCGGCCCAGUGGCGGGCACAGAGCUACGGUGUCUGGGCGGCCGGGUUGGUCUUCAUGGUGCUGACCCUCGCGGCCAUCCUGGGGGCUGCUGCGCUGCAGCUCUUCUGGCUGCAGGACUGAGCCUGGCGCCGCCCCAGCCUCCCUGAGCCCUGACCCCCGGGGCCUUGAGGUCCCAGCACCCCCAGGACCCCACUCCAGCAUGCCUCCCAGGGCAGCAAGUGCCCUUCUUGGGACCCUGCAGCCUUCCAGGGCCCAGGUGGAGACCUGAGUGGGGAGUGACUGCUGGAGACAGAAGGGGCCUGGCUCUUUGGGGGUUGUUGGCAGUGGGCCCUGGGGUCUUC